AAAACACAUAGAUUUUGUUAGGUCCACAAACCAUCAUAUAAAAUGUCCGCCUCAUUAGCAUGUGAUUACGCUGUCCUCAUCUUAUCUGACGCUAAGAAAGAUAUUGAUGCCUCAUCCAUCAUUGCCUUAGCCAAAGCUGCUGGUAUCACUGUUCCACAAUACUUAGGUGAUAUCUACGCUUCAACUUUAAGCAAAAAAUCAGUUGAAUCAUUAUUAACUGUUUCAGCUUCAGCUGCCCCAGCUGCUGCUCCAGCCGCUGCUGCCGCCGCCCCAGCUGCCAAAAAAGAAGAAAAGAAAGAAGAAAAGAAAGAAGAAUCCGAUGACGAUAUGGGUAUGGGUUUAUUCGAUUAAAUUUCUUAAGGCAUUUUUAAAUAAAAACUUUAAAAAAACAACAAUACAUC